AUGACGCCCGCGCCCCCGCCGUCUUUGCCGUCGCACGAGUGUUUUCCUAGUAGCCUGGUGAAUAGUGGGUGAGUGGCCUCGAGGCGCGGACGGGGUCCGGGUGCCAGAGACCCCUACUCCAGGACUUCUGGGGCACUCCAGAGUGCCUGACCAUCGUCCCCCCCAUGUGUUCCAAUCGAAUCCGGCUUGAGCUUUAAAGCUGGGGCGGGGCAUGUCACUUCAGAAAGAGUCUCACGAGAUGCUCACAAGGAUUGUCUUCAGUUAUGGCCUUAGGAUUAAGGUGCUCCCGCUUGGUUUAUCCUGCCUUUUGCAACUCCCUUGCAGCCCUGACCAGACCUGUUUCAGAAGUUACACUGAAGGCAGUGAGUGGAAGACAAAAUGACCAUAGACAAUACAUGGCCUAUCCAGCUUUACCAGUCCGCCAUUUUGCUACCAAGAAAGCCAAAGCCAAAGGGAAAGGACAUUUGCAAACCAGAGUGAAUAUUAACACUACCUUAGUUGAAGAUAUAAUCAACUUAGAAGAAGUGGAUGAAGAAAUGAAGUCUGUGAUGGAAGCACUUGAAGAUAAUUUCAAUAAGACUCUCAACAUAAGGACCUCACCAGGAUCCCUUGAUAAUAUUACUGUGGUAACUUCUGAUGGGAAGCUUGCUUUAAACCAGAUUGGCCAGAUCUCCAUGAGGUCACCCCAGCUGAUUUUGGUGAACAUGACCAGCUUCCCAGAGUGUACAGCUGCAGCUAUCAAGGCUAUAAGAGAAAGUGGAAUGAAUCUGAACCCAGAAGUGGAAGGGACGCUAAUUCGGGUGCCCAUUCCCAAAGUAACCAGGGAGCACAGGGAAAUGCUGGUGAAACUGGCCAAACAGAACACCAACAAGGCCAAAGACUCCUUGAGGAAGAUUCGUACCAAUGCAAUGAAUAAACUGAAGAAAUCAAAGGGCAAGACCUCAGAGGACACCUUAAGGCUCAUAGAGAAACAGAUCAGCCAAAUGGCCGAUGACACAGUUGCAGAGCUGGACAGGCAUCUGGCAGUGAAGACCAAAGAACUCCUUGGAUGAAAGUCCACAGGGGCCAGCAACACUCGAAAGCCCAGUUUCUGGUGGAUCCCAUGGGUAGCAAAUUGGGACCUCUCUACCCAUCUAUACUGAAGCUGGCACCCACUCAGUUGUUGGUCCUUGUGAAGCCCAGCCUUCCAGUGGGACACCCAGACUUGCUCACUCUCCUCCUCCUAACCCCUGUCCAUCCAUUCUGCUCUGGGCCUGCUGUCAUGGGUGACCCUCAGAGAAUACUUGCUGCUGGCAGAGGCUGUUUACUUGGGGCAUUUGCCUAGUCACCAAGGGACUAGGACUGUUGACAGGAUUCACACCUCCUGCUCCUUGUCUCAGAAGCCUCCUUUUCAAACAGGCAGUCAGGUCCUGUCUCCAAGUAGAACUCUGCUUGUGCUAAUGUGGGCCUUGAUCUGUGACUGGGCACCUUUGCUAGAAGCCCAGUUUCACUGAACAAUAAACUCUGAAAUUGAAAAGAAUAAAAGCCACAAAGGAAAGGAUAGAGUUGGGGUGGAUUGAUUAUCUCUAAGGAUUUGUAUAUAAAGCAGCCAUGACAGUACUUUUCUUUGUCUCUUGGUCAUCUUCACACUUGCUGUUUUCUUUGCCUGGAACAUCCUUCCAUUCCUUGUCACCUGGCCAGUCCUGUUUAUCCUUUAGUUCUCAGCCUGGAUAUCACUACCCCCUAGGAAGUCUUCCUUCUCCUGCUAACGGGGAGCCCUGUUUUCGGCUCUCAUAGUACCAUCUACUGCUUUUAUCUGAACACUAAUGGUCCUUUUUGCCCAUUUGUCUGUGUAUCCUGAGAACUUGGCAUAGUGCCUGGAACAUAGGCGCUCAGAUAUUUUUGUUGUGAUUGAAUAGCACGUAGUAGGUACUUAACAAAUGCUGGCCUCUUUUCCUUUCUGUCAUUUUCCACUCUUGCCCUUGUCCUCAAUAUUUACUUAGAGUGAAAUGCUUUCUCCUCAGGGCCUGCCUGUUGUUGACAGACAGGUCGCUUGCUGUGGCUUAUCUUUAGGUACUGGGUUAAGUAGUUUUUUUUUUUCCCCUCCCAAUAUCUUCUCAUUCAUUUAUUCAUAAUAUAGCCACCAUUAGCCAGAGAUAAUUCUAGGCAUUAUUUUUAAUCUUUACCGUAAACUCAAAAGACAUGUAUUAUCUCCAUUUUACAAAUAAGAAAACUGAAAUUUGUCAGUAUUAGGUAACUUGCCCAAAGUAUCAAAACCUAGUAAGUGGUAGAAGGUUUCAUUAUCUGUAGUCCAUUAAAUAACUGUACAAAGUAAGAAUUGUCAGGCUAAUUUUACAGAGAAGGAAGAGCUCAGAGAGGUGAAGUUUCUUGUCCAAGAUGACACAGCUAACAAGCGGCAGAGCUGGGAUUCAAAUUAAGGCCUGUUUCUAAAGUGUGUCUUCUACCACUGCAUCCUACCGCCUUCCUAAAUGUUUAGUGAGCACCAGCCGUAUCACGUACUGUGCUACAUGUUGGAAGUACAAAAACAGGCAAGAUAUGAUCCCUGGCUUGGGUGCACUGGACUGAGUUGCCCUUAUAAUGCCUUGGGUAGAAAGACAGGAAGUGCAGUCUGGUUCUGCCAGGUGUCUGCAUUCAGAAUGGAACCCACUUUGGCAACAGCAGGACCUGGCUGAGUUCCUUUUGAAGUAGAAUCCAGCUCUUCUUUGCUGUUUUACUCCUCCCAGACUGUCCCACGCUAGAGGUAGUAAGGGCUGCACUUCUUUCACUGCUCAUACUGGUGGAGCAAGGUACCAAACAGCCAGUGGGGAUUCAAGAUCAAAAUAAUCUCCUGCCCCAGUUACCUGUCCUCAGUCAAACCCCACUCACCAGCCCCGAGUGGCCAUCACACACCCAAAAGUCAUAGCUGUGGGAAGGAUAGGGAUAGAGAUAGCAACCAUGGAGCCGUUUUUGGGUAAAGCCACAUGGCAGGGACUUUGCAACAGUUUUUGUGAGUGGUCGAAAUCCCCCACUCACUGCAAAUGUUCUCAAAGAUGCAGGAUUUUUUAAUAAACAGAGGAAAUGAUAAAUUAUGUUGUAACUCCACUCCAAAGGCAUUUGGUUCUUAACAGCCAAAUCCUCUGUAGUCUUUAAAUAAACAAAAACUUAUUUAGUGAACAGGCGGGGGGAAAAUGAAAGAUUUUCUGUACUUGGGUUCCACAUGUCAACAAUUUCUCUCCUGUGUGUAUGUUGGCCAAAGCCGAAUAUCAUGAUAAAUGAAUAAAGGAAAACCUGGAGCCCAGGGCAGUCAGACAGCUCAGCAAAUGGCUUUCAGCUGAUUGCUGUAUUUCAGCUGACAUUUAUCAAAGAGUUUCUCUGUUCCUCUGUUUCAGGCUGCAGUGGUGGCACAGACCAGAAUAAGACUACCUGUUUGGAUGUGCUGAGUAAUGAGUAAUGCUGGAGCAAUUCAUUCUCCUCCUCUGCAUCCCUCAAUCUCUCUCUCUGUCUUUCAAAAAAGAAAAGCUGGGUAUGGAAAUUCUCACACUUGCCAGAAGAAUUAGCCACCUCCUCUAUUCAGUUCAACAGCUUUCAAAGUCCCAUGAAAAAUUCAGUCCAAAGAAGAUUCAGGAACUUUUUUUUUCUUGUGUGUACGUGUGUGUUGGAAAUGAUAAAAGAAACUGAGAUGUAAAAAGCUAAAAAAAACUUCUCAUAAGUGCCCAGUCUUACUCUUCUUUUACAACUAGGUGUGUGUCCUUCCAGACCUUUGUCUAUAUGUGUGUAAUUAAAGGAAAGGGGACUAUUCUGUUCAUAUUCUAAAGCUUGCUUUUUUUAAUCCAACAACACAUCAUGGCCACCUAUCCAUGUGUGUGCAUGUAGAUACAAUUCAAUUUCAUUAAAUAUAGUAUUUAUUCCAUAAUAUGAAUCUAUCAUAACUAUUACCCCUGUGGUAUUUUCUUAAAAAAAAAAAAAAAAUGCAUUGGAUGUUGUUUUUGUUUGAAGAUAGAUUUCUUUGUUGUUGUUGGAAAAAGAACCCCUAUUCUAAGUAUAUUUGGUAAAUCCUGCUCCUCCCUCAGACCCAGAUGAAUAUUUAUUGAAUGCCUCAUGUGGACCACGUACAAUGCUAGGCCUUUUACAUAUGUUAGGAGUCCCCCAAGUGGCACAAACGGUUAAUAUGCUCAGCGCUAACCAAAAGGUUAGAGGUUCAAACCCACCCAGAAGCAUCUUGAAAGAAAAGUCUGGUGAUUUGCUUUUGAAAACGUAGCCAUUGAAAUCAUAUGGAGAAGAUAAACCAGAUAAUUGGGAGCUCCUAAAAACUAAACACACUCCUCAAAAACCUUCACCAAAAGAGUAAAAAGAGAACCUACAGGCUGGGAAAAAAUUUUUUGGCUACAACAUAUCCGACAAGGUCUAAUCUCUAAAAUCUAUAGGAUACUUCAAGACCUCAAUAACAAAAAGACAAAUGAUCCAAUUUAAAAUUGGUCAAAGAAUAUGAAAAAACACUUCACCAGAGAAGACAUCUAGGCAGCUAACAGACACAUGAGGAAAUGCUCACAAUCAGCCGUUAGAGAAGUGCAAAUCAAAACUAUAAUGAGAUACCAUCUAACCCGUAUAUUACUGGCACUAAUUAAAAAAAAAAAAAUGUUGGAGAGGUUGCCCGGAGACUGGCAUUCUUAAGCACUACUGGCGGGAAUGCAAAAUGGUACAACCACUAUGGAAAACGAUAUGGCACCUCCUUAAAAAGCUAGAAAUAGAAAUACCAUACUAUCCAGCAACCCUCCUAGGAAUAAGAGAAAUAAGAGCCAUCACAUGAAUAAAUGUUCAUAUCCAUAUUCAUUGCAGUGUUAUUCACAAUAGCAAAAAGAUGGAAACAAGUAUUCAUCAAGAAUGGAUAAAUUAUGGCACAUACAAUGGAAUACUAUGCAACAAUAAAGACCAGUGAUGAAUAUGUGAAACAUCUCCCAACAUGGAUGAAUCUGGAGGGCGUUACGCUGAGUGAAAUAAGUCAAUCUCAAAAGGAAAAUACUGUAUGAGACAAUGAUUUUAAAAACCCAAGAAAAGGCUUACACACAAAAAAAAUCUUUGAAGGUUAGCGAGAGGAGAGGGGAGACCUGGGGGAGGGGAAAUCACUAGAUAGUAGACAAGUGUUAACUUUGGUGAAGGGAAAGACAGAGUAGGGGAAGUCAGCAUAACUUGACCAAGGCAAAGUCAUGGAAGCUUCCUAGACGCAUGCAAAUACCUCGAGGGAUCGAGUUACUGGGGCUGAGGGCUGGUGACCAUGAUCUUGGGGGACAUCUGGGUCAACUGGCAUAACAAUAGUUAUUAAGAAAAUGUUCUUCAUCCUACUUUGGUGAGUAGUGUCUGGGGUCUUAAAAGUUUGUGAGCAGCCAUCUAAGAUACAUCUAUUGAUCCCAUCACAUUUGGAGCAAAGGAAAAUGAAGAAAACCAAAGACACAAGGAAAGUAUUAGUCCAAAGGACUAAUAGACCACAUGAACCACACCCCCCACCAGCCUGAGCCCAGAACUAAAUGGUACCUGGCUACCACCACCAACUGCUCUGACAGGGAUCACAAUAGUGUGUCCUAGACAGAGCAGGAGAAAAAUGUAGAACAAAAUUCAAUCUCACACACAAAAAGACCAGACUUACUAGUCUGACACUGGAGGAACCCGCAAGACUGUGGCCUCUGGAUAAUCAGAACUGAGGCCACUCCCGAAGUCCACCUUUCAGCCAAAGAUUAAACCCAGUGCCAUUGAGUCGAUUCCGACUCAUAACAACCCUAUAGCCAAAGAUGAGACAGGCCUAUAAAACAAUAACACACUUGAGGAGCAUGUUUCUUAGCUCAAUCAAGUAUAUGAGACCAAAUGGGCAACACCUGCCCAAAAGCAGAGAUGAGAAGGCAGGAAGGGACCGGAAAAAAACCGGAUGAAUGGACAUGGAGAACCUGGGGUGGUAGGGAAAAGGGGAGAGUGCUGAUACAUCACAGGAAUUGCAACCAAUGUUAUAAAACAAUUUCUGUGUAAAUUUUUGAAUGAGUAACUUGUGCUAUAAACUUACGCCUAAAGUGCAAUAAAAUUAAAAACAAAAAAAAUCACAUGGAGCACAUUUCUCUGAGGCAUGGGGUCACCACGUAUCACAAUCAGCUCUAACUGGUAACUGGUUACAUACGUUACUGUGUUUAAACUUCCCCACAGUUUUAUUUGGUAUAAACAAAACCCAUUGCUGUUGAGUCAGUUCCGAAUCAGUGACCAUAUAGAACAGAGUAGAACUGCCCCAUAGGGUUUCCAAGGAGCGGCUGGUAGAUUGGAACCUCCUAACUUUUGGUUAGCAGCCGAUCUCUUAACCACUGCACCACCAGGGCUCCUUAGUUGGUGUAGGUAUUACUAUUAUCUGUGUUUAUAUAUGAGAAAAAAGGUUCAAGAAGGGUAUUUAACUUGCCAGAGUGAAAUCUCAAACCCAGGUGUAUCUAAAGUGGGCUGUGCUUCGAUUCAGUCUCAUUGAGCACUUACUCAAAAUAAACCAGGUAUUGUCCUGGACCCCGAAGGUAAUACAAGAGAAGCAGAAAUCUUAUGUUCAUAAAACAAUCAGGAAGCUAUGUUAAUAAAGGAAGGCUUGCAAAACAUGCUGCCCACUCACUGAAGAAAUGGCAGCUCUUACAGAGACAGCAAAGUUACAUAUUUAUACCUCACCUGUCUGACAGACUUUCCUCUCCAGAAUGUGACAGAGAUCCAGGAAGUAAGCACCAAUUACCAAGCUGUGAACAAUAAUAACAGCAAUAACAAUAAUAGUAUUGACAGCAUCAGUAACUAGUAUUUGCUUGGUGGCUUUUAGUUUUCAAAGAGCUUCUCCAUCCAUUGUCUCAUUGAAACCACUGAGUGAAGUUUUACAGUUACAAAGUCCAUGCAAAAAGCCUCACUAUGAUGAUCAUAAAAGCUCUUCAUGUCUUCAAAAGCCAUUGAUUCUUUUUGCCCUUACAUAUGGUCACUUUUCAUGAUGUGCAGUUGAAGAUAUAUUCUCUAUUUUGGGGGUACAAAUUUUGAUAUGCAUAAGAAAAUGUAUCUUACAGAUUAUGUUGUUUAGGUUUUCUAUAUCUUUCAUAAUUUUUUGACCCUUUGAUGAAUCUUGGACAGAAAAUAGUAUGUUUCCGUCUCCUUCUUGUGUCUCUUGUGAUUUCUGCUUUAGAGAGGGGCUGCUGUGUGGUCUGAUGCAUAGAUAUCCAAACUCGUAUCUUCAUCUUAUUCCGUGCUUUGAGUCUGAAUUCUGUCUUGUCAUAUAUCAAGAUCACAGUCUUUUUGUUUGCAUUUUCUUUGUUUAUCUUUCCCCAUUCCUGUAUUUUUAGCCAUUCAGGAUCACUAUGUUUUAGGCACAUUUUUUAGAGUUGUUUUAUUCUAUAAAGCAUUCUGAAACUCCUUUUAAUAAAAAAAUAGGUGACUUAAACUCAUUUGCUUUUAUCGAUACCACUGAUGUGUUUAGUAGAACUUAUUUAUUCAUUCUUUACCUGAAAUAUUAAUACUAAGUGUGAUUUGGUGUCUAAACCUUCAGCAGACUAGGAACUAGAGAUUAGAUUGAUGAGAAGGGUUGCUUCUGCACAGAGGACGUUCAGUGUUUGUUAAAUGAAUAAGUGAAAUACACCUUUAUCAUGUCACUCUUCUCCAAAACCUUCAAUGGCUCCACAUUGCCUUCUGAAUUAUGUACAAACUCUUCACUCCGACAUUCAGUAACUUGGGCAGCCUGAGCCCGGUGUAUCUCUUGAGCUUUAUCCACUCAUCUCUCAUAACUGCCCUGAUACAAAAAGUGCUUCAGUUAAAUGGAAUUUGUUAGCUUUUCUGAAAUUUUGUGCUGCUUUCUUCCACUUCUGUCCAUUUUCUUAGACUGUUUUCUGUGCCUGGUAUUGUGCUCCCUUAAAUCCCUACCCUACCCAACGGGAAAAAUUUACCUAGCCUUCAAAACUCCUUAAUUCCACCUCCUUCUUUGCGGGAACUCAUUCAUGUAUGUAUCUGAUGUUUCUUCUGAUAUCUAGAUCUGCAUAUGCCUAUUAGGAGUACUGGUAGUGCAACAGUUAAGCACUCAGCUGCUAACCUAAAGGUUGGCUGUUCGAACCCACCCGGCAGCUGUGUGGGAGAAAGACCUGGUGAUCUGCUCCCGUAAAGAUUACAGCCCAGAAAACCCUACGGGGCAGUUCUAUUCAGUUACAUGGGGUUGCUGUGAGUCAAAAAUCGACUCGACAGCACCCAACAACAAGAAGUACCUAUUGGGCAGCUUCACUUGGCUGUGCCACAAGCACCUCAAGCUCAGCCAGCACCACCUGGAGAGCACAUUUCACCCCAGACUUGCUUGCCCUCCUGCAUUUCCUCUCUCAGGCAAUGGCAUUCCCGUCCACCAGGAUGCCAAACCAGGACAUUGGGAGCCACAUUUGCCUUCCUCUCUCUCACCCCCUUGUCCAAUAAGUCACCAAGUCCUGUCAGUUCUACGUUCAAAGUGCCUCUCCUUUCUGGGUACACCCUUGAGUGGUUUUUACCAGGGAAUACACAUGGCAGAUGUUCCAGGCCGGCCUCACCCAAGUCUCUGAGCACUGGGCCUCACUUCAGCGGGUGAGUUGAGCUGCUGUUCCCAUGGGGUAGAACACGACUCAUACACUAGAUUAAUGUGGGUAAGUUGCUUGAAAGAAAGUUCCCUGCUCUUUUAAUCUUUGUAUCCCCUGACUAGUAUAGUGCUUGGUGCAAAGCAGGUGUUGAGGUAAUGUUUGCCCAAUUGUAAGGGUCCUGCUGGGCUGUGAAUACAAAUGAAAUCACAUUUACAUCAGUAACCCAAAGUUUCCCUAAUUACUCUGACCUGCUUGCUCAGGACCUUCCACCUCAUCUACUAAAUCUACCUCGAGGAUUCCUGGACAUCUCCUAAGGGCUGCUUCACAUGGUGUCCACAUCCACUGGCAUCGCCAUACUCCUUCUCCAGCCCAGGCUCCACCUCGCUGGCAUCUGUGGCUAUGAAUUCCACUUGAGGGAGUUUUUCUUUGCUUCUACUGGGAAUGCCAGCAUUUAAGAGUAUUAGGACCUGAGCGUGCUGAGUGGGUUCCCUGAAGAGGCAAGGAAAGGUCUCUUCCUAAUUCCAUGCCACCUUUGGCCUCCUGAGCUCCAAAGCAGCCUUGCUGGGUCCCCGAGACCCUGAAGUCCUCCCAGCAUAGCAACUCCUCCAUAAUCUGACUACUGCCCCUGACGCUGGGGUUCCAUCUGGCCCCUGGGGCAGGCAUCCCUUCUACUCUGCUCCUUCGCAGGCUCCUGCCUCAACCACAAUAUUUUCUUCUUCUAAAAUGGUCCUACAAAUCCCCUGUUUGAUGAUGAUAAUAAUACCAAAACCAAACCUAUUGUCAUCGAGUCAAUUCCGACUCAUAGUGACCCUAUAGGAUAGAGUAGAAUUGCCCCAUAGGGUUUCCAAGGAACAGCUGGUGGAUUUGAACUGCUGACCUUUUGGUGAGCAGCCAAACUCUUAAAUACUGCACCACUAGGGCUCCGAUGAUAAUAAAAACCAAACCCUUUGCUUUUGAGUUGAUUCCGACUCACAGUGACUAACAAUUACUGGACUUUUAGUACGUGAUACCCCUUGCUGUUGAGUCAAUUCUAACUCAUAGUGACCCUGUAGGACAGAGUUGAACUGCCCCAUAGACUUUUCAAGACUAUAGUCUUUAUGGAAGAAGAUUGCCAGGUCUUUUUCCUGUGGAGCCACUGGGUGGGUUUGAACUGCCAACCUUUCGUUCGGUUAGCAGCUGAAUGCUUAACAACUGCAUCACCAGGGCUCCUUUUGUUACCCAGGCAUGGAAAGUGAGAACUGUACCACUGAACCACCACUGCCCCCUAGGCAGCUCCAAGCCAAAACAAAACUAGUUGCCAUGGAGUCCGUUGGAUUCAUGGCAACCCCAUGUGUUGUAGAGUAGAGCUGUGAUUCAUAGAGUUUUCAAGGCUGUGACCGUUUGGAAUCAGAUCGCCAGGGCUUUUUUCCAAGGUGCCUCUGGCUGGAUUUGAACUGGCAACCUUUUGAUUAGUAGUUGAGUACUUAACUGUGCCAUCCAGGGAUUCCUAGGCAACUCUUGUUGUUUGCCAUUGAGUCGAUUUUUGACUCAUAGUGACCUCAUGUGACAGAGCAGAACUGCCCCAUAGGGUUUUCUAGGCUGUAAUCUUUAUGGGAGCAGAUCACCAGGUGUUUCUCCUGCUGACCCACUGAGUGGGUUGGAACUGCCAACCUUUAGCUUAGCAGCCAAGCACUUAACCAUUGUGCCACCAGCUCUCCUUAGCCAACUCUGGAAGGUAGUUAUUAUUUUACUUACUUUACAGAUGAAGAAACUGAAACACAGAGAGGGGUUAAGUUACUUGUACAAAGACACAAAGGACCAGAGAAAGAAUUCAAACCCCAUGGCUCUGGUUUCUUACCCUUAGCCUAGGCAGCCCUAAUAAAUUAUUAAACUAAGAGGCCAGUGAGACUGGGAAGGGCCCUGUGAAGUGCUGAAGUUGCUAGCAAGAGGUUCUUGGUCCUGUCCCAGUUUUGCCCUUUCUACCCUCAAUUCAGGUAAAUGUCACUACAUUUCCCCAUGGAUACCACGAGGGGCUGGACAAGAUCAGUGAUUUCCAACUGGUCCAGACUACUCGUGCUAGUCCCUGACAAAAUUUUCACCCAUUUGGGACAAAAUAAGUAAAAUAAGGGCAAUGUAGCAAAUGUUUUCAUUAAAUUUAUUUAACUUAAAGGACUGCCUUAUAUUUUUAGAUCUCCCUCUUCCUACUUUUGCUUUGAUGUUAAAUUUUUUUCUAUUAGAAAAUGAUAAGAAGUUGGUGACUUAAAAAAAAUUCUCACUUAGGAAAAUAAAAAAGUUGCGAUCACCUUUUG